CUUUCAGACGUUGGUGGGAGUGUUUCGGAGCUCAGCAGCGAGCACUCAGCCCGGCCCUCCUUAAGGAGGCGCAAUGCCGCCUUUCCACAGAUAGGUUUAAACGACGCUCCUUUAAUUCCUCCUCUGUCUAAUCGGCGGAGCUAAAGGCGGGGCGGCCAUUUUACCUCCGCCUUUGCUCUGUGUGUGUGUGUGUGUGUGUAUGUGGAGAGAGACACACACAGACAGACACGCUCGCUCUUAGUUUUUUUUAAAAAAAAAGACGCCAAAAUGUGUGAGGACGGAAAGCUCUUUGUCGGAGGCCUCAACUUCAACACGGACGAGCAGAGGCUGGAGGAAGCGUUCAAUAAAUACGGGCAGAUCACCGAGGUGCGAGUGAUCAAGAACCGGGAAACGCACCGCUCCCGGGGCUUCGGCUUCGUCACCUUCGAGAACCCGGACGACGCGGAAGAUGCCAUGAUGGCCAUGGACGGCAAGUCCAUCGAGGGCCGGCAGAUCCGCGUGGGUCACGCUGAGAAGAAGACCGGCGGAGGCGGUGGUUACUCGUCUAGUGGCGGCUACUCGAAUCGAGGAGGCGGCGGCGGCGGCUAUUCGUCGGGCGGCUACGCGCCCAGCAGUGGCUACGGUGGCGGACAACCCCGGAGUGGCUACUCUCGAGGCGGCAGGAGCGGUUCGUACCGAGAUGAUUCGUACAACAGGAGCAGCAGCGGCGGCGGUGGUGGUGGUGGCGGCUACUACGGAGGUGGUGGUGGUGGUGGCAGCGGCGGCUACAAGAAGCAGGGAUACAGCGGCUACAGCAGAUCUAACUAUGAUUGAACAGCCAACUCUCCCCUCUCAAUAGACCGUCUGCUGGGCUCGGGAUCAGACUCCUUUGCCUCCCUCCCUCCCUCCCUCCAAACUCCUUGUGUGAAGGCUUUUGGAACCAGGAAGCUCCGUUAUCUCUCUGAAGAAUUUUGAUGUGUUGCCUUUUGUGUGUUUUUUUUUCCAAAAAAAAACUAUCAAAACAGUUUCACUAAAAGUCACGGUGACUAAUCUGUUAUCAGUUCUUCGUAAGUAAAAAGAAAAAUCGGGCUUUGCUUUUUUUUUAAAAAAAAACCCCGAAAUGCUGUAUUUUCAUACCUUUUUUUAAAAAAAACACACAUAUAAUUUCUCUCUUGAAUAUUUGAAAUUGCGAAAAAGUGGCAGUUUUUUAAAAAAAAACAUCGCACACCGAGUCUCUAAAGUGUGUGCGCUCCACUCUUAUUGGAAUUUGUACAAUAUACUGUAGUUUGCUUUCUGGUGAGUUUUUCUCACAUUUCCACGCGGCGCAGGGAGUAAAGCCUAUUGUCCAUUCGAGGGCCCCAAAAGGCCCACAAUAAUACUAUAAAUUACUACUUGAUGUAUCCAACAAAAAUGUAGAUGGUUUCAGAUUUCCCUUUUCAUCGACUCAGUUUACUGGUUACAAUUCUUGUUUGAAUUAAAUGAGAUUCUAUUGAAAUGUCCUUUGGGAACUUUUUUUUAAACUCCAUUUACUGCUGUGAUUUGAAUGCAAUGGUUUCCUCACCUGGAAUAAUGAAGUUGAACUUUGCACGUUCUUUGCUUUCAAAAGAAACUGCCAUUUGUGAUAACGUUUUUUUAAAGUCAUGAAAGAAUGUUUCAACUAUUUGUCUGAGUUCUUUACAAUAGAGUUCAUAAACUCCGUUUCCCCAUCACCCCAGUACUGUACUUGCAGACCAGAUCGAUUUCAAGAUCCUCACACUCGCAUACAAAUAAAUCACUUCAUGCCCAGGCAUUCCCCCCGUCUCUCUGACUUGCUCACACCCCACUCCUCUUCGCUCAGCUGGCUCCGGCCUCCUGCACGUCCCUCGUCCCCUCCGCUCCACCAUCAGCAGCCGUAUUUUCAGCCACUACGCCCUGAAACUAUGGAACUGACUCAAUCCCUCCGUCUUGCAGCCUCCUUGCCUGUUUUCAGAUCAGACGUAGAGACAUUCCUCUUGGACUGAGCCUAUGGUCACUUCCCCCCUCUCCCUGGCUCAGCUUCAAGCUCCGCCACUGUUAAGCGUUCCGCGACGCUACCCCACGUGAAGGGCACUCUAUGAAUGCAAGUUGUUUGUUGUUGAGUAUUACUCAUCACUGGAAAGUAAAAUGGAAACCUCAACAAGCCAACAUUUUCAUGUAGCCUGUUCUGAGACCUUUUGAAAUCAAAUGGAUCAUGAUUUAAAAAAACAUUUUGAAAACUGUUUACUGGUUUUAAAGUCGAUAGUCAUUUGAUAUUGUAUUUUCAUCGCUGGCAGUGUUCUUUGGACACAAACUUGCUACUUCGGAGACUUAAACCUUGCCGAAUUGAAUUUUUUUUAAAUAGAUAUCUGAAUAAAAAUGCAGCUUCAGGA